AUGGAAGUCGAUUACGCUUGGGGAACGUCAUCAAAUAACGUACCAGUUCAAAAGUUGGAGCAACACUUUCGCGAAAAUUUCGAAUCCCUUCAACCGGAAUACUACGUCAAAGUACCGGGAAGAGUGAACUUGAUAGGCGAACAUGUAGAUUAUUGCGGUUAUUCCGUUUUCCCGAUGGCCAUCGAUCAGUGUAUCGUAGUGGCGGCGAAGAGGACAACCGACCGGCAAACCGUGGAGUUGACCAACCUGUGUACGGAGCGGUACGAAAACGUCUCGAAAAAUAUAUCGGACAUAAGCGCUGAGUCGUUGGGAAAGACUCCGAGUUGGUCGAACUAUUUUAUGUGCGGCGUGAAGGGAGCCCGAGAGUACUUGAGCAAUAGUCAGCUGAAAACCUUCGAAAAAGUCGGUUUUCUAUUCGCGAUCACCGGUAACAUUCCCGAGAGUUCGGGAUUGAGCAGUUCAAGUGCACUGGUGACGGCCGCGGUGAUGGCCACGCUGGUCGGAUACGGAGUGCCGAUUAGUAGACUCGAGCUGGCAGAAAUCAGCGCCAAAUGCGAAAGAUACAUCGGCACGGCCGGCGGCGGCAUGGACCAAGCGAUAGCCGUGAACGCCAAACAAGGUUACGCGGCUCGCAUCGACUUCAAUCCGUUGGCGGUCAAACAAUUCCGGCUUCCGGCCGACGCCAAGUUCGUUGUGGCUCAGAGUUUAGCCGUCAAGAACAAAGCGGCAUCGAACGACUUCAACACGAGGGUAGUGGAAUGCAGACUGGCUUCGCAGAUAAUCGCCAAGAAAUUGAAUCUCGAAUGGGAGCAGAUGACCGUUCUGGCGAAUCUCCAGAAGCGUUCGGGCAACUCUUUGGACCAAAUGAUCGAGUUGGUUCACCAGCACUUGCACGUCGAAGGAUAUUCCAAGUCAGAGGUGUGUGAAAUCUUGUCGGUGUCCGAAGACCGACUCGACGAGCUCAGUUUGACGGCCAACACGACGGACGUCGCCGAAUUUUACUUGCACCAGAGAGCUCUGCACGUGUUCGAAGAGGCCAAACGGAUGGAAGAGUUCUGCAGGCUGUGUGAAAACUCCGGAGGAGCGUCGGACCUCGGGAGACUAAUGGACGACAGUCAUUCGUCACUGAGAGACCUUUAUCAAUGCAGUCAUCCGGAUCUGGAGGAGUUGGUGGCACUCUGCAAACGGGAAGGCGCAUACGGAUGCAAACUCACCGGUGCCGGUUGGGGAGGAUGCGUCGUGGUCAUGGUGCCGUCGGAUGGCGCCGAAAGAUUCGUGAAAUCCGUAAGAGAUCAGUACUUUUCGAAUAGAGAAACAUUUGGUAGACGUAUUGAUGAAUUGGUGUUCGCCACGAGUCCAUCUGAAGGUGCUUGCUGUGUCCAUGUCAAGACCACCUCCAUCAGUGACGGAAUCACCGACCACCUUCCAGCUCUGGUGCACUUAUGA